AACCUCUCUCCCUUUUCCCUGCUGUCCUCUUCUGCACUACCCCGGCUUGACCUGAAGCUGCUCCUGCUUUUCCUCCACGGAGGGCCAAUUGCCUGAACGCUUGCUUGUUUCUUUCUCGCUUUCACCAUGCGUCUCAACACAGCUCUUACCUCCGCUUUGGUCUCUUCGGCCUCCCUCAUGGGCUACGCCCAUGCCGAAGACGACUCAACCGCCGAUGCUACAUCGGUCGUUGAGAGACCUACUUUCACGCCCACCAGCCUUGAAGCUCCCUUCCUGGAACAGUUCACGGACGACUGGGAAUCGAGGUGGACUCCUUCGCACGCCAAGAAGGAAGACUCCAAGUCGGAGGAGGAUUGGGCUUAUGUCGGCGAAUGGUCCGUUGAGGAACCCACCGUCUACAAGGGUAUUGACGGAGACAAGGGUCUGGUUGUUAAGAAUGUCGCGGCCCACCACGCCAUCUCUGCCAAGUUCCCGAAGAAGAUCGAUAACAAGGGCAAGACUCUUGUUGUCCAGUAUGAGGUCAAGCCGCAAAACUCCCUUGUUUGUGGUGGUGCCUACAUGAAGCUGCUCCAGGAUAACAAGAAGGCUCUUGCGGACGAUUUCUCCAACACCACCCCCUACGUGAUCAUGUUUGGUCCCGACAAGUGCGGUGCCACUAACAAGGUUCACUUCAUCUUCCGCCACAAGAACCCCAAGACUGGUGAAUAUGAGGAGAAGCACCUGAAGGCUCCUCCUGCUGCUCGCACCAGCAAGCUGAGCUCCCUUUACACCCUCAUCGUCCGCCCUGACCAGUCCUUCCAAAUUCUCAUUGACGGCGCCGCUGUCAAGAACGGCACUCUCCUCGAGGACUUCAACCCUCCCGUCAACCCCGAGAAGGAGAUCGACGACCCCAAGGACAAGAAACCCGACGACUGGGUCGAUGAGGCCAAGAUCCCUGACCCCGACGCUACCAAGCCUGAUGACUGGGAUGAAGACGCCCCCUACGAGAUUGUUGAUGAGUCUGCCGAGAAGCCUGACGAUUGGCUAGAGGAUGAGCCGAACAGCAUUCCUGACCCUGAGGCCGAGAAGCCUGAAGACUGGGAUGAUGAGGAGGACGGCGACUGGAUUCCUCCCACUGUCCCUAACCCCAAGUGCAGUGAAGUCUCCGGAUGUGGUCCCUGGUCUCCUCCCUUGAUCAAGAACCCUGCCUACAAGGGCAAGUGGACUGCUCCGCUCAUUGACAACCCUGCCUACAAGGGACCUUGGGCUCCCCGCAAGAUCGCCAACCCUGACUACUUUGAGGACAAGACCCCCUCUAACUUCGAGCCCAUGGGCGCUAUUGGUUUCGAGAUCUGGACCAUGCAGAACGAUAUCCUGUUCGACAACAUCUACAUUGGACACUCCGUUGAGGAUGCUGAGAAGCUCCGCAAGGAGACCUUUGAUAUUAAGCGUCCCAUCGAGGAGGCCGAGGAGGAAGCUUCUAAGCCCAAGAAGGAGACAAAGGCAGCUGGCACUAGCGUUAGCUUUAAGGAGGAUCCCGUCACCUUCGUUCGUGAGAAGGUUGACCACUUCGUUGGCCUCGCCAAGGAAGACCCCAUAAACGCCGUCAAGCAGGUUCCCGAGGUCGCUGGUGGCCUUGGUGCCCUUCUCGUCACCAUGAUCCUCAUUAUUGUUGGUGCCAUCGGAGCCAGCAGCCCCGCGCCCGCCCCCGUCAAGAAGGGCAAGGAGGCCGCCAAAGCUUCAAAGGAGAAGGCCAGCGAAGCUGUCAGCUCCGCUGCGGAGACCGCCAAGGGCGGAGCGACCAAGCGCACCACCCGAUCGUCUGCGGAGUAAGACCAGUAUGAGUGAAAAGAGCCUACCAUCGCAAAGAGUUUUUUAAAACAGUAAAGCACGGCACCAAAUGAAGCGCUAUAAUAUCCAUCCGGUUUCAUAGCUGUUGCAGUAUUCUUUGAAGUAAGAAUUCU